AUGGAGGCCAGGACCGUCGAUGGUGCGAUUGCAAUCAGCGACGCGCCCGACUCCUACAGCCGUCUCAUAUGGCUUCGGGAAGAGGAGGAGGGCGCUCCAGACGGUGUGGCGAUCGCAGCUGCCCUGGUACGCCGGCGUCGGGGUGGUCUCAUGCUCGCGGUCCCAGGGGGCAGCAUCCUCGAGACCGAGCUCGCUGCGAGCCAGCAGGAGGAGGACCAUGCCCUCGGGCCCUUCGUCAGGGCCAGAGCUCGAGGCGCAGGGCUGGCCAACCCCGCCAGUGCGCUGGCCACCGUGUCGUUCGAGAUCCUCCUCGUGGACGUCGACGAGGGCGUGCUGACGGAGCUGGUGCCGGAGGCCGUGUACUACGAGGACGAGCGGCACGCCCAGCGGGUCCUUCGGCACUUCACCCCGCGGGCGCGGCACUGGCCGCAUGGACGGGCGGUGCUGGAGGAGUCCUCGCGGGCCUUCCGCUCGCAGUUCGGCGAGGAGGCCUUUGCGGAGUUCUUCACAGCCGGAGAGGAGGAGGCCGAGUCCGCGGUGAUUGUCGGGAGGACCUCCGAGCAGCCCGCCGAGGAAGAGGCAGCGGAGGUGGCGGGCGUGCUGCGGGACGGCUUCGCGGAGUCGGACGGGCCCCUCGAGCCGCCGCCGCGGCGGGCUGGGAGGCCGCCUCCUCUGCAGCGCCCGCCGCAGCCCGCGCUCCCGCGGGCAGCCCCGCCAGGAGGGCCGCUGGCUCGCGCCGCAGCAGGGAAGGUGGCUGCGGCUCCGCUGCUGGGGAGCGGAGGCGCUCUCGCGGGGCGCUCUCCGCCUACGGCCUUCGGGGUCGCCCCUCCGCCAGCGCCGUCGGCCCUUGGCCGCCCAGCGCCGCCGCCAGGGCCGCCCUCGCGCAGCGGAGCCGUGGACUUCGAGUCGCCGGCUGCCUGGCAGGCCGUCCUGGGUCGUCACGGAGCCCCCCCUGGACCCGAGCUGCGUGGCCUUCGGACCACGGCCGCGCCCGCAGGGGCUUUCCCGGGGACUGUCGAGGACUUCGCCGGGGAGGGCGAGGACGACGCGGCCGGGGGCGGCACGGAGAUGGAGCGCUUCGCGGCCGCGCUGAUGCGAGCUGCCCGAGCCUUCAGCCAGCGCGGCGAGGAAGGCGGUGCCGGAGGCAACGACGACCUCAUGGGCCUCGGGGGAGGCAACAUCGGCGCCGGCGUGCGAGGCACGGCCCACCGCGAGGCGCUCAUCGCGGCGAGGCGAACCUCGCCCGGCAGCUUCUCCAGGUCGUUGAUGGAGGCCAUGGCCGCACAGGGCCGCUCCUCGCGCCAGCCCCGGGGCGUCGCCUACGACCCUCCCGAGCCCCGCCUAUGGCUCGAGAGGACGGGCGGAUGGUCGGAGUUCACGCCAGGGAGUCCCAACACGGUGCGGGACCUCGCCCUGAUCGCGUGGCAGGUGGCGGACAUCGUGGACCGCCUGUGGAUGAAUCAGAUCGCGGAGGCGGCGGACUCCGCCGCGCUGCUGCUGAUGGGCCUGGACCGGGCCAGGAUCGACGGAGGCAGGCUCGACAUGAUGUGGCUGUACCAGUUCGAGCGCGACCCGCCCGCCUCGCUGUUUGCGAGGGGCGGGCAGUCCGCAGUGGGGACACGACAGUUCAGCUCGCUGGCGAACCCGCGCUGGUCCACGGUGAACCUCGCCUACCUGCGGGAGCUGGACCUGCUGGAGACCAGGAGGAGCGAGCUGCAGCGACCUCAGGGGCGGACGCCGGUGCCCAGAGCCCGCGGGGCCCCCGAGCAGCCGCCAGCCCGAAGGCGCCGGUGUGAUCGGCCCCGGAGGCGGGGCCGCGGAGGCCGGCGCCAAGCCGCGGCCGCCCCGCAGGAGGCCGAAGCCGGCAUCGCCGGCAUGAGGGCCUCCCCUGACCGAGAGGGGGACACAGGAGGAGCCCCUGACGGACGGCUCCUCUGGCCAGGACCUGCCGACCCUCGCCAUCAUGUCCAGCAGCGUGGUGAAGUGGUCGCGCCGCUUUCGUGGAGCGGGUCCUUACUCCGUCGUUUGCGGGCUCUGAGGACGAACUUCUCUUCGUACAUCGGAGCCUCCGUUUGCGCUGCAGCGCAGCUUCAGCAGCGGCAGCUCGCUGGGGCAUCGCGCACCGCGCCAGUCUUCCCACUUCCUCUUCCUCCUGUUGAUGGGCUGCAAGGGGCGGCUCGCAGGGAGGGAGGCUACGCUGACCUCGACGCGAAGGUCGAGCAGCUGCUCCUCGUCCUCGUGUGCGCGCUGAACUACGUCUACGAGGGGCGGCCGCCUCGGCCGCGUGACCUUUCCUUCCUUCGGUCACCAGCGUCCUCUGUGCAAAAAGCUUGCUUGGACCGUCUGCGUUUGAUAUGUUGGAGCUGGUGUCGUGAUGGAAUUAACCCCUACCCACUCUUCGCUGGUCGUAAAGCCGAUUCUACUUCACAUCUUUUUAGCGAUGCUAUUGGUGCCUUUCAGGAGCAUGGAGAAUUGACCUCUCGCAGUGUUGGUGAAUUGGACGUUGAACAGUCAGAUGCCUAUGACAGUUAUGCACGUGCGCUUUCAGAUCAUCUCAGAGCUGUUGAUCCGCACGGACUUCAGGGCCCCCGCCGAGUUCACCCUGUCCCUGGAGCCUACGCCCCUCUCUGUCCUGAACGUCUGGUCCUUGAGGGCCCUCUCGCUCACUGGUCCAUCAGGGAUUUCUUGGAGCCUCCGCUGUCGCUUGCCUUCGACGAGCCGGGGGUCCUGCGUACUAGCCGGGUUGACCCGUCGUCGUGCCAGUGGGGGGGCGCCAGCAAGCUCCCCCGGGCCCAGCAGUUGGCCUUCUUCCAGAAGCUGGACAAGGCAGGGCUCCUUGGGUUCACCGAGGGCCCUGUGGCGGCCCAUGAGCAGUGUAACCCGUUCAACGCGUGGAAGAACGCCUCGCGGGACCGGUUGAUCAUCGACCGGAGGGGACCGAACGGCCAGGAGGGGAAGAUCGUGGGAGGACCCGCCUCUCACCUUGCUGCAGGUGCUCGGCUCUGUGAACUUAGUGUUGUUCGGGGUUCUGAAUGUCUACGGGGCUCGUCUACGGACCGUCGGGAUAUGUUCUAUCAGGAGCACGUCACACCUGAGCGCGCCGCCACUAACGUCCUGGGCCCAGCCUUGCCUAUAGACCAACUUCACAAGUCCCUUGGUGUCGAUCCUGAUCGUCUUCAUUCUGCUGCUGCAGGGGGCCGUCCAGGUCGUCUGGGUCGUCGUGCCUUUCAGGGGGACCGAUUUCUUCUGGAAGCAUCUGGACCUGAUGCUGGUCCACGUGGCUCGGGGCUCGUACACGGCACUCUGGCUUCCAAUCCCAUGGGGGACCACGCUGCCGUCGACGUGACUCAGGGCGGCCACCUCAAUCUUCUCAGGAGCUACGGCCUGCUUGCGCCCGAGAACUUCAUAGAUGGUCGUGCGCCCUUCCCCCGUGGUGACGUGGUGGAAGGCUUGUGUAUCGACGACUACCUUGUUAUUGGGCGUCACGCUUAUCCUCCAGGCGAGUCUCGUCGAGAUUUGGAGUUGUUCGAUCGUGCUGGGCGCCUGGCCUACGUAGACUCCUCGUUAUCAGGCAGUUCCUCUAAGGAGGUCAGGGACGCCGAGCGCUUCGUGGUCGUUGGCGCUGAGGUCGACUCCUCAGCUCGGAUGGUAGAUCAAGGGUACGUACCAGUUGGUGCGCCCGUCGAGCGGCGACUGCCGUUGGCGGAGCUCUGUCUUCGGGCAGCUCAGCUUCCUCGAGCUCCUGUGGCGCUGGUGGAUACUCUGGUGGGGUCCUUGGGUGCAGUGUUCGCCUACCGUCGACCCCUAUUCGUCUGCCUCAACCACGUAUACAGCUUCGUUGCCCAGGACCGCACCAUUGAUCACAUUAUCCCUCGUGCUGUCAAGGACGAGCUCAGCUUGGCCUCUGUGUUGUCGAUCGCCGCAGAGACGGACCUAACCGUCCCCUUCAGUGACGUAAUCUAUGCUACCGACGCCUCUCCUUCCUUUGGGGCAAUCUGUACAUUAGAAGUCUCGCCCGCGCUGUCGUCGGCCGUUUGGCGCUGUGGUGAACGCCGAGGUGGGUAUUCCCGACUGGAUAGCCGGGCCUGUGGAGUCCUACGGAGCGCCGGCGCGCUCCCGCACAGCAUGGAGAGCGCGCAGUGCGUCGAGUCGGAUCUCCCCACGUACGUCCGCCGCGGGAUCGCCAUGGUCUUCGACUUCAUUGAGUUUGCCGGCGGCUCUGGUGUCCUCACUCGGUACCUCGCGUCCCAGGGUGUCCUUGUCGGCCCUGUCAUUGACAUAUCGUACUGUCGGCACUAUGACCUAUCGUCGCGUCGUCUGAUGGAAUGGGCGGUGUGGAUGCUGUAUGAGGGCCGCAUCCUUACCUUUGCCGCAGAGCCUCCGUGUACAACGUUCUCGCCUGCCGCUCACCCCGCUGUCCGUUCCUACCGUCAGCCUAUCGGGUUCAAUCGCGCGGAUCCCAAGACGCGCUUGGGCAAUCUACUGGCCUUCCGCUGUAUGCUACUGAUGUUGGUUGGGCUCCGCGUAGAGGCUCCUGGUGGGCUGGAGCAGCCUCGCCUGUCUAAGAUGGCUUGGCUGCGGGAGUGGUCUCGCCUCUUGGAGCUUGGAGCCGCCGAGACCUGGUUUGCCUCUUGUGCCUACCAUGACCCUUCCCUCGAUGGAGUCGUCGUCUACCGCAAGGAAUUCCGCUGGAUGACCGUAGGCUUCCCCGAGUUCACCGAAAUGGCGGCGCGCUGUCCUAACACACGGCGCCACCGCGCCCACACACACACACACGAUUAUCGAGGGAGCGGCUACCAAAUAUAUUGCUACAUAUACCCGUGGGGUCGUCGUGGCAUUGGGAGCUCGGUACCUAGAGGCUAUCAGACGGCGUCGUGA